AUGGAUGAAAUGGAAAAUGGCAACAGGGAUACUGUGCGACAAGAAAGUCCCUGUUCGACUGAAGUCGAAGAUCUACAGGACGGUUGUGCGUCCUGUUGCCCUUUACGGAUGCGAGUGCUGGCCGAGCCUUGGAAAGAGCUGCACGCUAUGGAGAUGCGGAUGUUGAAGUGGACGAUAGGUGCAACGGUAAAAGAGAAAGUAUCUAACGACACUGUACGUUCCAUCUUCGGCGUCGUCCCGAUAACUGAGAAGACAAAGGAGGCGCGACUGAGAUGGUUUGGUCACGUCUUGCGGCGGGAGGAAGAUUCUGUUGCCAAAACCGCUUUCAGGCUCGACGUUUCAGGAGUGAGGCCGCGUGGGAGGCCAAAGAUUCGCUGGUUAGACCGUGUGAAGCUGGAUAUGAUAGAUGCACGUUUGUGUACGGCUGAUGCAAUAGAUAGAACCAAAUGGAAGACAAGAAGCAGAAAAGCGGACCCUGCAACAACGCGGGACAAACGUUAG